AUGCAUUUCCUGCCGACAGUUGGCAAGGCUCGAAAACCCAAGUUUGAAUUGCAUCUCAAGAUCUACGACCUCAACAAUGUCCCGCUCGUCUCGGGCCACUCCUUUAUAAAAUGGCACCUCGCCCACUCCAUGCACGCCGAGCAUCGCGGCCGCACUGCCAAGUGCCCCAUCUCAAACCACAAGGUCGACUACAGCUUCAGCAAGCUCGUCCCCUCGGUGCGCAUAUCCAUUGACCGGAACGACAGCCUCGCCGAGUGCCCCCUUGAGCUCGAGGUGCUGCAAGAGUUUCCCGUCGCCGAGAAAAUCACCCUCGGCCACAUCAGGCUCAACUUGAGCGAGUACGUCGAGGAGAGCGAGAAGAAGGCCGAGGACGGCAUCGUGCGGAGGUACCUCAUGCAAGACAGCAAGGUCAACAGCACCCUGAAGAUUGGCAUUCUCAUGGUCCAGGUGGACGGGGAGCGCAACUUUGCCGCGCCGCCUCUGAGGACGGCCCCCGUUUUCGGUGGCAUCGCCAGCUUCAUGGGCCCUGAACAAGCCGAGGACGAGAUUGGACCGCUGCCUAGCAUAUCCAAGGGCCGCGACGUCGCCGAGAUUCAAGACCUGUACCGGCGCACGCUCGCAGCGUCGUGGUCGCGGCAGCCGAGCGAGCUCACGGCUGACGAGUGCAUCGAGGACAUUUUCUCGGGCGGCAACGGCUGGCGCACCAAGCGCGACGCCCACUCGCCCCCGGGCACCGACGACGACGACAACAACCUCGACGACGACGCCGCCGACGCCAACCAAAACACCCUCCGCCCUGGCGACUUCCGCCGCCUCGCCGCCCAGCACCAGCACCAGCACCCCGGCGGCGGCGGCGGCGGCCACAACAGCCACAGCCACCAUCGCCGCACGCACAGCGCCUCGAGCGACAGGAGCACUUCGACCGUCACGAGCCGCGGCGGCGCCGCUGCCAAGAGGGGCGUGCGCAUCGCGCGUCUCCCCACCGCCACCGACGAUGGCCGUGAGUGGCACGACGACGACGCCGGCGGCCUCGCGCCGGCGCUGGGCGGCGGCGGCAGUAGCAGCAGCGACGGCGACCGCAGGAGCGACGAUGCGGGGCCGCCGAGGCGUGUGCGCGAGCUGGACGAGUUUGACCUGCGCGAUGACUUGGUCGCCUGGAAGCUGCCGGGCGUGGCUACGUAG